UCUUAAUAAGCAUCGAUUUUUUCGAGUUUACUUCUCCCUUUUCUUCCAAGUUUCAGUCUUGAUUGAUAUAAAGUGUUUUAUACUUUUAUUCGUUAGCACGUGGUAUUUUUAAUUCGGUAAUGUUUAGAAAAAAAUUCCUGAGUUCCUACUCUAAAAUCAUGCGUUUCCUGUAGUCAGAGCGCAAUUAAAAAUCGCAAUUCAAAGUGGAAUAUUUCGUUCGGUCCCACCGAACUUCAUCAGCCACAAUAAAAUUGUGAAUGUUAAGAAGGGUUAUAUGAUGUUCAUUAUGGUCUCAAGGGGGCUCAAAUAGUGUCUUAGAUGUUGGCUAAUUCGAAGCUAUUGUCUCUGUUCAAAGAGGGCUUUCGAAUCGUAAUUGGAUCUCAAUCUCUGUAAUCGUUGUUUGGAAAUGGGAUGAAAUACCGUCUCUUGUGUUUGAUACAUAUUUUUAUACCAUGCCAAGGAAAAUACAGGCAAUAAGAAAACAGGAAAGCCGUUGUAUGGUCAAUUGUAUUACAUCCAACUUUCCAAUCGAGUGCUGUGCGUAUGUGGCAUAUGCAUAUUUUGUGUUAGCCACUGUUUCUAUGACCUGGUAUAAAAUCGUUCUGUUAAGCUUUCCUUUGAUAUACCAUGGAAUAUGCCCCAAAGGCUUGUGUGUAUACCGAAAAAAUACAAGUGGCUCGUAGGUUAUUCCAUAGUAUACUACACGAAAACGUUGCAUAACUAGCAUAGACACGACAACUAACAAUGCAAUUCCAAUUUUCUCUUUUCAGAUAUAAUUCCAUGGAAUCAUGAACAGGAGCAUGGGGAGAAAUUUUACGAGCCCUUAUUUUCAGAAUAGCUCCAAUUCUACUCCACAAGCACCGACGCAGAUCAGCACCAUUCCCCUUUCCGAGCAGGUCACGUGGUGUGUUGCACUCGCUUUGGUAGCCUUCGCCAUUAUCGUUGGCAACACCCUGACCAUCGCAGUCUUCACUCGAAAGAAACUACUGCGCCUGCGUGCCAACUACUUCCUUGUGACGCUGGCUGUUGCAGAUCUUCUGGUGGGCGCCUUUGCUGUCCCGAUGUACAUUCACCAGCUUAUAUUUUACUGGAAAACAAACAAAGGAACUGACAAAGGAACUUACAUCGCGUACAAAGCUAUUGACAUUUUUACAGGAUUUGCCUCGAUUUUCGCUCUCACAAUUAUAGCUUUGGAACGAUUAUUUGCGGUUAUGCGUCCAUUACGACAUCGGAUCGUCUCAAAAUCUACUUAUUACGGCCUUAUAGCAGUUGUGUGGUUAUUAUCAUUGCUGGUUGCCGUGUUGUAUUUUAUGAACGGCUUCGAAGUAUUCAAAUUCAAAAUUUUCUUCUAUUUCAUCAUUUUCUUCAUAUUUUCUUCGCUUUUAGUCAUUUGCGUGACUUAUGCCCUCAUAUGGGCAAACGUGACAAAAGAGAAAAAAGAAAAGCCAAAACGGGAGAGUAGAUAUCAAGAAGAACUUGAGCAGCAGAAGAGAAGCGCGCAGGAAAAACAACUGGUCACCACUCUUCUCAUAUUAACGCUUGUUUUUGUUCUGACCUGGGUACCGUUCUACAUUUUAAACAUCGUGGUGUUCGUAAAUGAUAAAUGGGAGUCUUCUCAUAUUCCUUAUGAAGUUUUCGCCUUUACUAAACUCCUGCAUUACAGUAACAGCUUUGCGAAUCCCAUAGUGUACACCGUAAGAAUCCCCCGAUUUAGUCGAAUUCUUCUGGGAUCAUUUCGACGGAAGAAGACUGCACUCUUGGAGUCACUGCGGCGCCCAAAACAAUUAGCUAGUAGUCUUUGAAGCAAUUGUUCGUUUCAAUGACAAAUAUGAACACUGCUGAACUUGAUUACAAAUGGGGAAACUUUCUCUUAAUUGCCAGAACCAGGGCGUUGGUUGAAAAAUAACUAAAUCUAAAUCAAUUCAAUUAAACUGCUUUGUAUAUGCCAAGUUUUGUAAAAGAAUAUAUACAAACGUUAAUAAGAGCUUGAAGCUUCACAAAAGAAGUAAGUUAACAACAUAAACCACUUUAUUGUUGGGUUAGUUACUGAUAGGGGAAGGUAAAACAAAGAGCCAAAAUACCACAUGACGGCAAGCAUUGUCGGAACAUGCAACAGGUGCUGCUCAUUUGUUGUAGAUCAACUAUCAAAAGAAUUUUUCUGCAUUUGUGAGCCCCACUUUUUGCCGCCAUUAAUACAUGAGGUCCUCAUU